UAUAAGCUUGUUCGUUUGCUUAGUAUAGACAAAAUCAAAAUAUUACAACAUGAAUUUCCUCCAGUUUGUAGUUCUUGGUAGUUUGGCUGUAGCAUGCUCGGCACAUUUGUGUUUAUUGAGCCCUCCUCAACGAGGUACAAUGAUGGGUAUCAACAAAGCCGGUGCUAAUGAUUGCGGUUUAACUGCUUCACCAUGUGGAGGUCGAAUGGCCGGAAUGAACCCAACUUACUUCAAAACAGGGGAAAAUGUAACAGUUGUCAUUCAGAAGAAUCUUGAUCAUUAUUCAAAACCUACUCCAGGAAAUUUUAAGGUAAACCUUAUGAUGGACAACGCCUCCACAGCAACAGCUACUGCGACCAUAAUGGAUAUGGGUGAACCAUCUCUGUCAAUAUAUUCUACUUCAAUGAUGAUUCCACAUACAGCAUCGAAAGGAAAAUACAUGAUCCAAGUAGUCUACAAUACGAUGAAUCCAGAUACAGGGGUUCCACCACAGUUUUACCAGUGUACAGAUGUAAUGCUUCAUUGAAUAACGUUUUUUUAAAUGAUAAUAGCCUAUUAGUUUACAGGUGUACCGAGGGAAUUAAAUAUGAAAUAAAAUAUAUAGUAUCAAAUAGUCA